GUGAAAACGUUCGUCCAGGAUUAAUGUUAUAGCCAACCAAUCAGGGGUCAUUAGAGGUGGGAUCAUUAGAGGUGGUACGUCAUCAACAGGGCGACUAGCAUUUCCAAAUAUUCGCCUUAUUUUGUGCCACCCAGAACGUUCUAAAGACGUUGAGGGGUACACUUCAGGAGUGCAUUCGGCAACGCACCAUGGCGCCUCAGUGUUGUGUGCCCAAAUGUGCGUCCUCAAAGAGAAAAAAUCCUACCGUGGACAGACUUUCCACCGUUUCCCCAAAGAGCAGGCACUUCGCCGUGAAUGGAUAAAUCACGUCAAGAGGGAUCCUGGUCCAUAUUUCAAGAUCAACGCUGAGACCAAGGUUUGCUCUGAGCACUUUGAGAAGCGGUGUUUUGUAAAGACCGCCCGUGGUAUCACAGAGCUUAUAAAGGAUGCUGUGGCAACUUUGUUCGCCUGGACUUCAGAGAGGCCAAAGAGGAGAAUCAUCAUUCGCAGACCGAGUACGGAUUCCAUGGAGGUGGAUGAAAACCAGCCUGAUGUGAGAAGGGAUGCCUUGAGUGUUGUCUUGUUGUCCCUCCAGCACAGAUGUACCUCCUCCACAGCCAUACCAUGAUUAUGCUGUUCCACCGCUGACACCAGAGGGACAACUUGAGGCGGCACGCAAGCACAUCAUAGAGCAAGACAAGUUAAUAGCACAACUUAAAGGGACACUGUGUGAGAUUUUUAUUUGUUUAUUUCCAGAAUGCAUGCUGCCCAUUCACUAAUGUUAACUUUUUCAUGAAUACUUACCACCAGCAUCAAAUUCUAAGUAUUCAUUAUGACUAAAAUUGCACUUUUCAUACAUUAAAAGGGGGAUCUUCUCCAUGGUCCGUCAUUUUGAAUUUCCAAAAAUAGCCAUUUUUAGCUGCAAAAAUGACUGUACUUGGACCAUAUUUGAAAAUAUUUGUUUAUUACUUUCAUGUAAAGAUCAAAUUUGGCAAUAGGCAGCCCAGUUUCAAUGUGCAGCAUAGUUGCAGUACCUUUUUUUGACCAUUUCCUGCACAGUGUCCCUUUCAAGAUAAAGUGUUCAGUGUGUCAAGAUUCCAGUGAUGAUAGUCAGAUGUCAUUUUACACAGGAUUCCCAGACUAUGCCACCUUUAAAGCUGUAUAUAUGGCUCUACAGCCCACAGCCACAAGCAUAGUUGGAUGGAGUCAGGCUCAAAGGCUUAAACAAACAGGGGUACAGGUCAUUAGACAGGCAUUUAAUAUCCCCAAACUAGCAACUAUGGACCAGUUAUUUCUCUC